CGCCUAGGGUAUCGCCUGCGCGCGCAGCGCAAUCCACUGCGCCGGCGCGGCCGGUGCCGGUCCGCGAGCGCCGAGGCGGGGUGCAGUGGGGCGGGGCCCCUCGUGCGGCUGGCGGGCGGCCCUCCGGAGGCCCGGGCGGUUGGGACGCUGGGCGGAAAGGAUGGGGCCUCGGAGGCGCUAGCCGACUCCUUCAGGGCUGGGCGUGGAGCCGUGGUUUCCUGACGAGGCCCGUGUGAUGGUGCCAGGAGGAAGGAAGCGCCGUGACAGCGCCUCAGUCGGAACCGAGGUUCCGGGGGCGAGGAGGCCCGGGGACGGCGGCCCUGGCGAGCUGGCCGCCGGCGGGGCGAGUGGUCACAAUAGGAGGCGGCGGCCCGGCCCGGAGCGGCGGGAGCAGCCCCGCAGGGCGGAGCCUCCCCUCGCAGAGUGAAGAUAGUCCAAGUCCUAAGAGACAGCGCCUCUCUCAUUCAGUCUUUGAUUAUACGUCAGCAUCACCAGCUCCCUCCCCACCAAUGCGACCAUGGGAGAUGACAUCAAAUAGGCAGCCCCCUUCAGUCCGACCAAACCAACAUCACUUCUCAGGGGAACGAUGCAACACACCUGCACGCAACCGAAGAAGUCCUCCUGUUAGGCGUCAGCGAGGAAGAAGGGAUCGUCUCUCUCGACAUAAUUCCAUUAGUCAAGAUGAAAACUAUCACCAUCUCCCUUAUGCACAGCAGCAAGCAAUAGAGGAACCUCGAGCCUUCCACCCUCCGAAUGUAUCUCCCCGUCUGUUACAUCCAGCUGCUCAUCCACCCCAGCAGAAUGCAGUCAUGGUUGACAUCCAUGACCAGCUCCAUCAAGGAACAGUUCCUGUCUCCUACACAGUAACCACGGUGGCACCCCAUGGGAUUCCACUCUGCACAGGCCAGCACAUCCCUGCUUGCAGUACACAACAGGUCCCAGGAUGCUCUGUGGUCUUCAGUGGACAACACCUACCUGUCUGUAGUGUGCCUCCUCCAAUGCUUCAGGCAUGUUCAGUUCAGCACUUACCAGUACCAUAUGCUGCGUUUCCGCCCCUUAUUUCUAGCGAUCCAUUUCUUAUACAUCCUCCUCACCUGUCUCCCCAUCAUCCUCCUCACUUGCCACCACCAGGCCAAUUUGUCCCUUUCCAAACACAGCAGUCACGAUCGCCUCUUCAGAGGAUAGAAAAUGAAGUGGAACUCUUAGGAGAGCAUCUUCAAGUAGGCAGUUUUACUUAUCCCCCUUCGGCCCAUCCCCCAACAUUACCUCCGUCAGCUCCUUUGCAGUUCCUGACACAUGAUCCUUUGCAUCAGGAGGUGUCCUUUGGCGUACCUUACCCUCCGUUUAUGCCUCGGAGACUCACAGGACGCAGUAGAUACCGAUCCCAGCAGCCAAUACCACCUCCCCCUUAUCAUCCCAGCUUACUGCCAUAUGUGCUAUCAAUGCUUCCAGUACCACCUGCAGUGGGCCCAACUUUCAGCUUUGAAUUGGAUGUGGAAGAUGGAGAAGUAGAAAAUUACGAGGCCCUGCUAAACCUGGCGGAGCGGCUGGGAGAGGCGAAGCCGCGGGGACUGACUAAAGCAGAUAUUGAACAGCUGCCUUCCUACAGGUUCAACCCCAACAACCACCAGUCGGAGCAGACUCUGUGUGUAGUAUGCAUGUGUGAUUUUGAGUCAAGGCAGCUUCUUAGAGUCUUACCCUGUAAUCACGAGUUCCAUGCCAAGUGUGUCGAUAAAUGGCUUAAGGGAAAUCGUACUUGCCCAAUUUGCCGAGCUGAUGCUUCAGAAGUGCAUCGGGAUUCCGAGUGACCAGCUGAGAGCACAGAUUUAGUUUGGGUGUUCCUCAUCACGUGUAUAUAUGGACUAUCCAUUGAACUUCACCUGUGUGGCUUCCAGCCCUCCCUUUACCAAAAGGGUCAAUGGACCUUUCUUUGCACUGUGUGACUUAAUCAACUAUAAAAGCUUACAAUUAGUCUUCACAAUUAUGGGAUUGUUAUACUAACUGUGUGAUUGGAACUCCAAAGAUCUUUUCUUUAGCUUAAUUUCGUGUGUGCACUAACAUUCCCUGGUUUUUGUGUGAUCAUUCCGAGUGUUGCUGCAAGAUUACAGUGGACGUGAUCUUUUAGCAUGUGCUUUUAUAAAAAGUGGUAGCUCCAGAUGAUAUAGCAAUCUACCUUAUAUAGAGCCUUCAGAAACUGUGAGUGGAAAUGAGUGCAGCGUAUGACUGUUGGUGAUAAGUGAAUCUGUGUGCGAGUGUGCAACUACAUGUGUGGGGGCAUGGUAGCUACUGUGUGUAUGAGAUCCUAUAUACCAGCAUGUACCAAGAAUGUGUGUGUAGUUUUAAUUAUGCUGCAAUGUAUAAUCUGGUGUGUUAUUUAAACAGCACUAGUACUGUACACUGGUUUUCCCCUUGUGUUUGCUGUUGCACACUGAUUGCUAAGGGUGCAUCAAUUCUAAGCAUUGAAUACUCCAUCCCCUUCCCUCCCAAUGAAUGGAAUGAAAAAAGCCUUCUUCCUUUGCUUCAGGCAGCUGUCCCCUUCUCUUCCUUUGUGAUCCUAGAUGGGUCACUAAGAAAAAAGUGUCAGAUUCUCACUCCAUGACCUGAUUUUUAUUAUUUUCAGUUCUGUUGUAAAAGAAACUUAAGUCUCCAACUUGCUAUUUCCAAAAAGAAGGUGCAAUAUCAUACAUCAUCAUUAGCAAUAUUAGCAUUUCAGUCAGUGAUCUGAGUGUUGAUACUUCUUGUUUUUCCUUUACAUUUCCAGUAGCGUCUUACAGAAAGGACCUGUGAUUUUAUUAAUGUGUAGAUUUGUAGUCUGUUCCAAAGAUGUUUGAGUAAUAUAUUUUCAAGAACACCACUGGUCCCAUAAAUCUUGCCUCCUUGACUUCUGCUAGAAGAAAACCUGUUACCUAACUCAGCCUGGUUUCUGGUGUGUGUUCUUCGCUCAGGCCUCCACGGGCAACUAAAUUGUUUAAGAGAACUAUUUCUGUUGGUGUUAAUUGAGUUUCCCACACUACGGUCCUGAAGUUCUGUAGUUCUUCCCUCAGUAAACAUUCUCAUCAAAACCUUUGUUUCAGGAUGGAUCAAGUGCUGUAGCAGCUCAUUUCUUAGGCCUGGUUUGCUUUGAUGUCUUACUGUUCUAAUUUAUGUUAAAAUGAGAAAAGCUUAAUAUAACAGGUGCCCAGAAUACGUGCAGUGUAAAUGAAGAUUGGAUUUUUGUAUAAAAAUAAUGCUGUCAAACAGGAAUUGACCUUUAUUUAAUCUGAGUGAUAUCUAGCUGUGUAAAACAAAUCAGACUUGUUGAACAUAAAUCAGAUUGUUGAAGUCA